AUGAAGGCCUUCAUUCUCACCACACUGGCUCUUCUCAGCGCCUUUGUCCAGGCUGCUCCGUACGAAAAACGCGCACCUGUCGACCUCGAUCUUCAAGAUUCUGAGAAGCGCUCGCCUGAUUCUCAGCACGACUACGACUUUUACUACGCUGGAGGACCUGCUGUCGAUUCCGAGAAGCGCUCGCCUAAUGCUCAGCACGACUACGACUUUUACUACGCUGGCGGACCUGCUGUCGAUUCCGAGAAGCGCUCGCCUGAGGCUCAGCACGACUACGACUUUUACUAUGCUGGCGGACCUGCUGUCGAUUCUGAGACGAAGUGA